AGUAGUAGAUAUCCGCUUCUGCUCUCACUACUUCUCAUGAAAAAGGACUUCCGUUGCACUGAUCCGUCACAGUUAUCUGCAGCGAGAGAGUGAAGAUGGCAGGCCGCCGUGCAGCCCUGAAGGCCAUUGACUGGUUGGCGUUUGCUGAGCGGGUUCCUCCCAACCAGCGGGGCAUGUUCAACGCUCUGAAGACUCGCACCGAUGCCAUCUCUGCUAAACUAGCCUCCCUGCCUGAGACUCCUGCAGCCAUCGACUGGAGUUACUACAGGAGCGCUGUGGCUAAAGCAGGCAUGGUCGACGAGUUUGAGAAGAAGUUCAAAGCACUGCAGAUCCCUGAGCCCGUCGACACGCAGACGAGCAACAUCAACGCACAGGAGGCUGAAGCCAACAAGAGUGCAGUGGCUUACAUUGAAGCUUCAAAGGCGCGCGUCGCUACGUAUGAACAAGAGCUGGAGAAAUUUAAGAACAUGAUUCCCUUCGAUCAGAUGACCAUCGACGACCUGAACGAAGCCUUCCCUGAGACCAAGUUAGAUAAGGUCAAAUAUCCUUACUGGCCUCACAAGCCCAUUGCAAAUCUGUAAUCCCAUUACCUGGCACACAUGUCCCAAUAAAGUUUAUGUAUUUUAAGGAGAA